CAUCAACAAAUUACCUAAAACGUGAACAUUUCCAACGUUUAAUCAAACAAAGUCGUGCGUAAUUUUCGUCCUAAAAGGUGACCGCGUUUCGGCGUUUUGAUCCGCCCGCCGUACGACGCAGAUCGGAUUGUUCGUUUCGAAUCGAAGUGGUUACACAGCGUAUAGGGGGUAUUUCGUGACGUCACGGGUGUAUAAAAUCGUACGAUGCGAAACGGCGGCCGCUGAUUGGUCGAGACGGUCGCAUGAUCUUAUGUUUUCGUCGGAUCAUCAAAACACGGGUCGCCGCCGCGGUUUGAAGUUUCACGAGCGCAGCUCGCGGUUGAUGCAACACACAACAGUGUUUGCAAAACAUUUCGUUCCGUCUCGCGGUGUGGUGUUGUGUUAUUUCUGGUAGUUUGAGAAGAGAAAAAAGUCAAUAAGUGAGCUUGAGCGUUUGGCUCGGUAAAAACAAAGGCGCGAAAUGGAUCAGGACAGGGUGUGGAACGAUCCGUUCCAACCGCCCGGGAUGUACUUCCCGGCCACGGUGUUCAAGGAGGAUGAGCUCGAUAUGAACGACAUGAGCGACAUCGGUGAUAUCACCGAUAUUUACCAAAUGAACGAGGAGAAGCUGAUCAACAUCAUGGGGGAGGACUUUCUCACCAACUACAGCUGGGAGGAUGGUCCGUCGAUGAACGUGUCCGCCAACUCGACGGCCAUCGGUAGCGCCUCGCCAGGCGUAACAGUGAAGGAAGAGUGUGUCGCUUCGGACACCGCUUCAGCCGUGUCGACCGAGCCGUCACUGUAUCAGAACCUGGUGCUGCCCAACGAUCCUAUGCUGUUGGCGACGACGGCGACAAGUGCGGAGCCCGCGAGCUCCCAGCAAACGACGCAGCAGCAGCAGCAGCCGCAGCGUUCAAAGGAGGAAAAGAAACACACCGUACUUCAACCACUCGCUCCAGCGCCGCCGCAGCAGCAGCAACAGAUUUUACCUGCCCCACCACAAAUUGCACCCCAGCAUUUGCACCUGCAGCCCUCACAGAUCGUAACCGGCCCGCGCUCGGUCAUUCUGACGCAAAACGGUGCCGCGGUCGGCCCGACUGGUGCACAAACGCUUCUGGUAGCGAAUGCAAAUGGGCUUGGUUCCGUGGCUCACACGUACACGGCGAAAAAGAUCGCUCCGGCAACAACGGCACAGCAGCAGACCACCACCAGAACCCUGCUGCCAGGCCUUUCGAACGUGCGAUUGCAAAACCUGACCCAACCGACGGUGGCAUCCGGAGGCAGCGCCGGUGCAACGGCCGCCAUGCCCGUGAUGCAGCAGCUAUUUGCGCUGCAAACGGCCGACAAGCAGUCGGCCGUGUUUCUGCAGGCGAACACGCCGGUCAUCUACACCAGCGCGAACGUGCAUUCGAUCGCUACGACGACGGCGACGGUGAAGGCUAACCCGGCCAAUAUCCACACGCUCGUCAACACGUUGAACGGCCCGGUUCUGACGGCCGGUAUACCCGUCAUGUUGGACGCUGCACCGGCCCAGCCGGAGCGGGCCAAGGUGCAGCUUAAUCGCCUGCAGCCUGCAACGGCUGCAUCACCGGGAUCGUCAUCGUCGAAUGGGCUCGGGUCCCCCGGAAUCGGGGUUCCGAAGGUGAAGGAGGUGAAGCGGUCGGCGCACAAUGCGAUCGAACGGCGCUACCGAACGUCCAUCAACAGCUGCAUCGUGGAGUUGAAGAACAUCGUCGUGGGCGAGGAGGCGAAGCUGAACAAGUCGGCUAUCCUACGCAAAGCGAUCGACCACAUCCGGCACCUGCAGAAGCAGAACAAUGCGCUCCGGCAGGAAAAUAUGAGCUACAAGCUACGCUUCUCCGAUCAUAAGCACACGCUCAAGGACUUGCUGGUGAGCCAGCAGAGUGUGGCGGACGAAAUGCUGACGACGGCACCGAUCACGCCGCCACGCAGCGACGAAUCGAACCCGUCCUCAUCGCCGACGCACUCGGACAGCUCGAUGCCGGGCUCGCCGUUCGGUGGCUCGUCCUCCAUCCACCUGUCCACCGCCGGUUCGCCGUCCGGCUGCGACGACCUGCUGGAUGACGAUCUGAUGUCCGGCAUCGGGGGCAUGUCGUCCAACUCGAGGCUCACCAUCUGCAUGUUCAUGCUGGCCGUGCUGAUCGUGAACCCCUUUGGGAGUCUGCUCUCGUUCGCCACCGACGACGGCGAGGGCCGGCUGUACGAGGAGAUGGGCACGCAGCGGCGCAUCCUCGCCGUGGAGGAGUCGUUCUCGUGGUCGCGCAUCUCGUCCUCGCUGCUGCUGGCGCUUGUCAACUUCAUCUUUCUCGCGCUCUGCCUCGUCCGGAUGCUGGUGUACGGCGACCCCGUGCUGACGCCGCGCUCCCGUGCCUCCACCGACUACUGGAAGCACAAGCGCCAAUCGGACGUCGAGUUCCGGCGGGGCAACGCGACCGAAUCGUACCGCGAGGCGAAGCUGUGCCUGCAAUCGUUCGGGCUGUCGCUGCCCUCGACACGCCUCGAGUGCGCCUCGGCGACCGCGUGGCAGUUUGUGCGUAUGUUCUUCCACCGGCUGUACAUCGGACGCUGGCUGUCGCGCCGCACCGGUGGCCUCUUCAAGCCCGAGGGCGAACGAAUGCACGCGCUACACUCGGCGCGCGAACUUGCCCUGCUCUACCAUCGGCUCAACCAGCUGCACCUCGUCUCGGACCACACGGACGCGAACGGCCUCAUGAUGAGCUUGUGCGCCGUCAACAUGGCAGAGGCGGCCGCCGGUGUCCUCUCGGUGGACGACACGAUCGAGAUCUACCUGCUGGCAGCGCUGCGCGUGAAGCGCAGCUACCCACGCAUGAUGCAGUACUUCUGCCGCUACUAUCUCGGCAAGGCGAAGCAGCUAGCCAGCGAUCAUACGAGCCGCAAGUUCCGCUGGCUGUUCACCGCCUACGGCUUCCAGUUUCUCACCGCCAGCAGCACUUUCCGCUACGAGGAGCGGCUCGGUGACUCGCACGAGACUUUCACGCGUCUGUGCAACAAGGCCGACCCGCUCGAGUACGUGAUGCGCGAGUACCGGCUGAACCUGCUGCAGAAGGCAAUCCAGCUGCUUGUUGGCUCCGGGCGGGACGCGCACGGUCAGGGCCGGCUGGUCGCGAGUGGAAGCGACGCGGCCGGACUGCAAGCGGCGGGCAAGGAGGCGAUCCACCGGGACGACGUCGAUCGCGGCUCGGAGCUGAUGGGUAAGGCCGGUGGGACCGGUGGCCUGCACGCCGACAGCGGUUGUCCCAACAGCGAUAUCCUGCACUUCACCGAGCUGCUGAAGGACACGCUGACCACCGAGCAGCCGGUACCGUUCGAUGCUUGCGUCCUGCACGGGAACGGCUGCUUCGAUCAGCUGGCCCACUGGUGGUCGAACUUGCUGAGCGUGGCCGCCUUCUGGCUGCUAGGCGAGGACGAGCGUGCCGAGUCGCUGUACGGUCACGUUGAGAACAUCCCGGCUGAGUUGCGCCAUCCGCAGCAGGAUCCGCUCGCCAACGCCCUGCUGGUUGCGUUCCAGGUCAAGCGUGGUCUAAUCACCAAAACGGAAUCGGACUUUGCCACCAUCUUCGAGCAGUGCAACGCGAGCAGCCGCCUGCUGGAGGACAGUCUGACCGGCAACAUCUGCAAGACACCGAGCCGCCUCAAGCUGCUUGCCCAGCUACUCGCCUGCGACUGGCUGCUCGAGUCCCGGACGGCCCUCUGGGAGAUGGAGAACGACAUGCGUUACUACCAGGACUACCUGACCGUACCGGGCACGAUCUUGGCGGCAUUCCAAGCCGACCUCAACCUGCUCCGUCUGGUGACGAGCAAAUUUCCGAACGCCCAGUCGCGCGUGUUCCUCUACGAGGCGAUCUGUCGGCUGAUGGCGGGCGCUGCACCCGGCCCGACACAGCAGCUGCUCGAUCGCAGCCUGCGCCAGCGCAACUGCCGCUCGUCCCUCAUCUGCGGCAAGGACCGGUCGGCCCAGCUCGAGGGUGGGCGGGAGCGGGCGGCCGCACUGUACGUCGCCUGCAAGCACCUACCGUCCCCCUGCCUGUCGUCGCCGGGCGAGCGGGCCGGAAUGCUGGAGGAGGCCGCCAAGACGCUGGAGAAGAUCGGCGAUAAGAAGCGCCUGCAGCAGUGCUACCAGCUGAUGAAAUCGCUCGGCAGCGGCAGUGUGACCAAUUGAGGGCCAACCGGUGUUUUUCCUUUUUUGUACUCAUAUUAACUACCUAGCCUAGCUGUACUUCGUCCUUUCUCUGCCCCCUUUUUAACGUGUUAAACACCUAGAUUAGUAAUUUAUUGGUAAGCGCGGAGCCCGUGGUGGGACUUUUUUGGUUUGUUUUGCAGCACAUCGCCGCAGUUUGUUUUCGUUUUGACCUGCUUUCGUCCUGAUGCACCCGGCUUUAUUCGUAGGCUCUUAUUUUACAAUGAGGAACAGAACUUUUAUCAAGAUCAUAUGUCAUAGGAAUACACACACACAUAAUAUGUGUAAUACUUCUAAUAAACGUACGUAAAGUGUGCGUUCGAGAAA